ACAUCGAAAGCGGAAGUUUCGCGAUAUGCAGUAAACAUGGACGACGUUCAGGAUGAUCUUAACCCAGAACAAACGGAAAAGUUGUUACAGUUCCAGGUAAUCCUUAAACCAAAAUACUUUUUUAGGUAUCUAUUACAAUUUGGUUGAUUUCAAUUAAAUAUUUAAGGUGUGAAUCUCCCACCCUGCCCAAUCAUUUAAAAUAAUUAUCAAAAGCGCAUCUCAAAAUUGACAAAAUUAUGAAAUUGAAAAUUGUACUUUAUGAAAAAUUAGAAGAAAGGAAAGUCAAAGGGAAAGCAACAACUUAUGCUACAAUAACAGCAAUGCCAACAUUACUAUGAAUUUAAUUUUCCCAAAUUAAUUGGGUUAGUUAUUAAAAUAAUUAAAUGAACAAAAAUGCAGGACUAAACUCUUUUGGUAAAGUAAAGUUUUGGUUAGCAGUAUGGAGUAUGGACAUGGACCAGUAUGGGUUUUGCCAAGAGUAGAACUUAUGACUUGCUGUUGUUGUUCAUCUGUUGAAAUUGACUAGGACUAGAGGGGAGGGUUGGUUACGGUGGCGUGCUAGUCCAAUCCAUGCUCAGAAUAAUCUCUGGCACUGCAGGCAGGGGAUAAUUGCUGCAGUCGGUGAUCUAAUAUUGCUCUUUCGGGCUAGCUGCUUGUCUCAGCUGUGGUUAUCCUACUGACUGGCUUCAUGAGAUUUAACCCCCUUUUUGACAGCUGUUCUCCACAAGGCUCUGUCAUGGGCUGUCUGCACCCAUUCAUUUAGUAGGGUUGAUGCUGAAGGCCUUUAGUGCAGUUUUCAGUGAGUCUUUGUAAUGCUUUUUUUGACCUCCUUGGGAGCGCUUGCCUAUCAUGAGUUCUCUGAAGAAUAUCUGUUUUAGUAGCCGGUGGGCUUCCAUAUGGGCUACAUGUCCCAUACAACAGAGUUGAGACUGCAUCAGGAUGGUGAAGAUACUAGGUAGGUUUCUUCUUCAGACUUAGUAAGAGCUAUCUCACCUUAAUUGCAGUGAUGUCACUUUGGGAAAUCUCAACAUUGGACAUAGAAUAAUAUACCAUUGUUGGACCUGAAUGAUGUGUGUGAUUGUGAAAACUUUCUUAUCCUUCCCUGAAAUUUGAAAUUAGUUGAGUCUUAAUCUUAAUCUGACAAAUUGAUACACACUAAGUUAAUAUGAAAAUGAAAAUAAAUUAAAAAGAAACACAUUCUUGAUGAUACUUGAACACCAAGAUGAACACUGGUAAAGAAAGAAAAAAUAAGUGCAAUGAAUUUGAUGCCUUUUGAGUUGUUUAAAAUCAAAAUACUCAUAUGCUAUUCAUUGCUAUCAUGUUGCCAUUUCACCAUAAUUUUCAGGAGGGGGGUAGACCCCUCCCCCACUGCAAAAUACACUACAAUACAAAAAUAAUAAGCAAAAUAAUCUUCUGGGAAGGGGAGAAUACUCACCCACCUCUGUAAAAAUAAUGGGCAGAACAAAUUGUAUCCGAUAAAAACAAAGCUAAAAGUCAAGAUCUUUAGAAGUACGGAGCUAUAGCCAGUAGUUGACAACAGGCAACCUAAAUAUUAUAUAGUGCUUUGAGCUGCCUCACCAACUAAUGCUUUUCUUUUCCAUGCUUGGAUUCCCAGCUAUUAUAGAUCUUUUUCCACAUCAUCCAUCCAUCUAAGACAUAGUACAAUACAAUGAGUCUCCUUGUCUUGGGCCUCGUCAAAUCGAAUUUCCCUUAAAUCUUCUCCUUGAACCUUCAUUUUGUUUUGAGUUGCUAAAUGCUACAUGUAUCAGUCUCGACAGUUUGUUGAGCAUGCCAAAUUCCUGCAGAUUCUUAUAUAGAUAUUUUCUAUUGAUAGGCCAUUUAAUAGUUCACAUAGAAUUGAUUUACUGGGAUAUUAUUGACAUAACAUUUCUCUAACAGGCAUCUGAAGAUGAAAAUUUAAAAUAUGAAAUCAUGUCUUGCAUAUUACUUUUGUGUAUUGAUGAAUUUAAGAUAAGAUAAGAUUCUUUUAUUAAUGGAAAUGUUUUUUGAUUGCAUUGUACAUACACAUUUUCAGCACAUAAAAAUAAAUAUUCUAAUAAAGUCCACAUUUUUCAACUAAAACAAUUUAAACACAAGACAUCUAUAUUAAAUUAUUUCACUAGUGAAAAAAAACAUCCAUUCUGUGAACUCCCUUAGUCAUAUAGGGACUUAUUAGUUCUCAUUUAGAUUAGUGACAUUUUUGGGAGCACGCUGGUAGAUUCGUACAGAUUGGGGAACAGAAUAAUUUUUAUAUCUUUCAGUCCUCGCCCUGAGAGAAAGAAUUUGUCUCGAAUGGAGCGAUCCUGAGUAUCUGGGAUUAAGAGGGUGGGAUGUAUCAUACAAAAUUAGUUUUACAAUAAUAUCUUUCUUCAAAUAGUUCUUCAAGUGAAGGAUGUUUAGUUUGUGUUAUGUUCCUAGCUUUCAUAAUUAGUCUGUUUAUUCAGAAUACAUUGUUUAAUAUCAGACGAGGAAGUCCAACACAAGCAGGUAAUACCGAAAUUAAGUAAGCUUCCAAUUGUUGCACUCUAGAUUAAGUUAAUAACUUGUUUGUUCACACUAAAAUUGUACAGUUUUUUAAGGAAGAAAAGUCUUUGGUUGAAUUUUUUUAAACAGCAUGUGGCAGUGCACAUGCCAUGUUUUAUUAUUAAUGGUGACAUCUAAGCACUUAUAUGCUCCUCUUUUCUCUACACACUGAUUUUUUUUAUGUUGAGAUCAGUAAUGUUGUGUUUCUCCCUCCAGAAAUCAAAAACCAUUUCCUUUGUUUUUUAAACAUUCAGCUGGAGAAAAUUCUCAUUGCACCAAUUGAUAAAGCCUGUAAUUAAGUUGCGGUAUAAGCCUUCUCUCUCAGAUAUUAAACCAAGAUGGUGGUAAAAUCAGCAAAUUAUAUGACUGAAACGGUGUCACUUGUCCUCUGAAUAUCAUUAGUAUAUGUUAUAUACAGGACAGGGUAGAGAACACAACCUUGUAGCACCCCGCUGCUUAUUUUUCUGGUUAGAGAUAUUGGUCAUUUACCUUGCGCUGGGUCAAGAAACUUUUUUGCCAUGCUUUCCAGAAUAGACUGAUAGAAUAUGCCAAAGUCCCAUAGACCAUUUUCUUUAUGGAAGUGAUCACACACUUUUAAUAGUGGAAGACGUUGAUACUUAAGGAACAUUAAAUUUUUACCACUAUAUACUUCCAAAAUAUUUGAUAGCUUGUGCUUUAGAAUGAAUAUAGAAUGCAUUUAAACAAGAAUAUUUUAUUUUGAUAUUUAAAAACCCAGAAUAGGACAUUAUCCUAUUUUGCCAUGUGCAUAUGUUGUGAUGGUAAAUCAUUCACAAGCACUUUAUUAUGGCUAUACUAAAGUACUAUACUCAGAGUUUCAUUUAUACAAUUUUGCCAUGUUCAAACACUAUUAAAACAUUGGUCAGUGAAACCUUUACUUAAUUAGUCAUGUGCAAAAGUUGAAUGUUCAAAAUAAUUUGUCCCUAACCAGUAUUUAUUUAGUGUGGGAUGCAUUGCCUUAUGUAAAGUAUAUACCAGUAUAAUGGACGCCUUCGACUUGGUAAACAUAAAAGCCAUAUCGUAUAUAUAAAUUUAUUGAUAAUACAUAGCUGGUUAGGUUACUAUUCAUUUAUAAGUGCAUAGUAUCAUUAAAAUAGCUUUGUAAUAUCAUUACUGUUAAUAUAGCAUUAAUCAUGAAAAAAAAUGUGUAUAAAAUUAUCAUAUUAGAGUAGCCGGAGGUGAUAUGAUAGAACUUAAAGCGACAGGUUACACUAAGGCCACAUUACAUAAUCCUACAUUCCUCCCGGUUUCCUGUGCCACACAAAACAAAACAAAAAUCGUACAACUGAUAUUUUGUGUAUGAUGUGACCAUGGCCUACCUCCAAGCCCUCACUUUUAUUACAAUAGUAGACUUGUUUCCAACCCUAAUCUGCUAUGUUUCAUAACCCUUUUAUAAUCUGUUAUACGUGUUUCUUUGGAUGGCUUUUUCUUUAAAUUGAUGUUUGUUGUCAUAGAGAGUUAAAUUUGAUAACUAUUAUACCAGAAAUUGGAUAUGAAUUCUGCCCUGAAUAUUUAUACAAAAAUAGGAUCUGUACAAUUUAUCUACCUAUUUGCAAUAAUUUUAAACUCAUUGGAUGGCAAAUUACUGCUAUUGGAGGAUUUAGUAUUUUGCAUGAGAGUGUGAAAGGCCAUUUUUUUAUAUUGGCUAAAAUUGAUUUUGUUUAGUAGACCCUUGCAGCCACUUUGCAUAAACAUAAAGUUUUAUUAUGUAAACUGACUUCUUUGAUGUUUUGAGAAUAAUCUUUACAUAUUACAAGGUUAUAUUUUAAAAUACAUUUCUCAGGAUUUGACUGGUAUAGAUCACAUGCAGAGGUGUCGUCAAAUCCUAGAAGGCCAUGAUUGGAAUAUUGAAGCAGCGGUUCAGGAUACUUUCAAUGAGCAGGAAGGUGCACCAACAGUUUUCCACAGGCCUCCCCCACGACAAGAAGAAAGAGCACCACAAGUCAAUCUGCAGCCGGCAAAUCAGAGGUAUCUUUUUCUCAUAAUUUGGUCUCUUGACAUACAACUUUUGCAGUGAUGUUGACCAAGCUGUCUUGGUUUUUCCUCCUUUAUAAAACAAAAGGAGAUUCAUAAAUAACAUAGGUUUUAAAGUGCUAUCUUCUUAGACAUUGUAAUUUUAGUAAUAAUUAUUUACUUAUGGGGACAUUCACUUUUUAAAUCCAUUUUAUUUUCAAAAAUAUGAAAAAGUCUUUUUUUAAUGAUUGUUUUGUUCUUGAAAAGGAUAUUGUACUUAAAUUAUUUUUUUUGUCAAUAGAGAUUUGUUAACAUUUGAAUAUGGUAUUCCUCUGUGUAGAGUCAUAUUGUAUCCUGGCAGAAGACCACAGGGUAUUUUCCAAUGGACAUACUACCUCCUGACAAUGCCCAUACGCUUUGUAUGGACAACAAUAUUUGACAUACUUAGAUCAUUUGGUAAGUGGAUAAUUCAAAUAUUUCAUCUUUCUAGAUACCAUUGCAAGACUCUAAGCAAAGUUUUGUCAUCCUUUUUCUGUAUUUUAUUAAAAUGAAUGUUAUUGAAGAAUUGACCUUAGAUGACCCUUAUAAACUAUAUUUUUAUUUGUUGCUGUAGACCAUUUUUUUCAUUAAUUAACUGAUUAUGAUGAUUCCUGAUUAUGUUUUUGUGUCAAAGUAGGUUUCAUUACACAACAAUUGAAUUUCAAUGAGCAAAUUUGCUCAAAAGUGUCAUAUUACUGUUAACAGCAGAACAUUAACAAGAAGAAAGGCUAUUUCAAUUAUUACUCCUCUCCCAGUUUAAAUAAUUAAUCAUGUCAUAAUACUAGGUACAAUAGCUUUAUGUAGCAAAAUGUAAAGAAAUUAUUUUUUAUUUAUAUCACAAAAUUAAAUUCUAGUUAUAGGAAUAAAAGAAUCUGGGAUUUCUUAUAUUUCUCUUGGAUAAUGCAUUUAAACCUACUGUGUUUCUUAUAAACCCAAUCAAGUAUUUAUGUUUCUCCAUCAGACAAAUAAAAAAAAUUGUUUGUUUUUUUCACAUUAGGAGUUUAUUUAGUAGUUAAUUUUUAUUUUAUGUAGAGAAUCAUUAAAACUAAAAUAAUUACAGUAUAAUUCAGAAAAUAAUUGUUUUGAAGGGCUUUUCUCUUUUUUUUUAUCAUUUAGCUAGAUUUGUUUGCUCUUUUAAAUUAAUAUUAGAGUUCUUAUCUCCUUCCCAGUUAAAGCUAAACGGUGGAACCUCUCAUAACGAGCAUAAUUCGUUCCAGAUUCUUACUCGUUAAGCGAAACACUUGUUAAACGAAACAAUUUUUCCCAUAGAAAUCAAUUUAAAAUACAAUAAUGCGUUCCAUUCUGAAAAAAUAAUCAUUUUUCACAAAUUUGUAUAAAAAUUUAUUCAAAUAAAAUUACUAAUGAAUUGUUAAGGAGUGUAACAACUUGGAAUAAAAUUUAGAAUUGAAACAAAAAACGUAACUAAAAUUAUGAAUUUAUGACAAAUAAUUAAUUCUUUUUAACUAGAAAACUUUCUAAAGACAUUUGUUUUUCCUGACGCUUCAAAAUUUGACGAAAAUGUGUCAAUGCAUUAUUAUUGAAUACAUUUUUAUCACGAAUAGCCACCUCCUUAUUAGGGUGAUGCUUCUCAAUGUACGAUCCAACAGUUUCCCAUGCUUUCAACAUUUCUCUUAUUGCGCUAGAAGAUUGUUGCUCUGCUACUUCCUCCUCCAUUAAUGAGCUGUCCUCCAUAAUUUCUUGCUAUGAAACACGAUGCAACGCCAUAAGCUCUUCGUUGGUCAACUCUUGACUGUGCUCUUUCACAAGCUCUUAAAUAUCAUUGUUGUCCACCUCGAGUCCCAUGAUAUUUGCCAAUGACCCAAUCUCGUUAACUGUAGACGCCACAGGUACUGUUUCACAAUCACAUUCAACAACACUCUCUGGCUAAAGUUUUUUCCUAGCAGAAGUGAGGGUCCUCUUGGUAACUCCUUCCCAAGCCUUGUCAAUCAUCUUGAGGCAAGCAACGAUGUGCAAAUGAUCUUUCUAAAACUCUCUAAGAGUGGGAUUUGUCUCUUCCGUAACUUCAAAACAAUGCUCAAAAGUGUUUUAGUGUAGAGUUUUUUAAAGCUAGAAAUAACCUGCUGGUCCAUAGGCUGGAGUAACGGAGUGGUGGUGGGAGGCAGAAAUUGGAUAUUGAUGAAAUUAAAUUCUUCAUUAAUAUCGUCUUGUAGGCCUGGAGGAUUGGCGGGCACAUUGUCCAUAACAAGCAAGACAUGGAGAGGAAGAUUCAUCUCAAGCAAAUAUUUUGUUUUACGGAAGGACCAAACACUUCAUUGCUGCUUCACAGUGCAUCACAACGCUGUGGAUGCCAGUCCUUCUCUUAAACUUCUCAAACCAUCCAUGACAUCCCUUGAAUUGUAGUUCUUUUUUGGCAGUAGAUGAUCCUGAUGUUUUCUUAACGAGGUCAGCGAAAAUAAGUUUCGCCUUCUCACAAAUGUUUUCGUUAAUAGUGUCGCCUUGUAAUCACUUGUCGUUUAUCCAUAUUAGAAGCACCCUCUCAACAUCAUCAAGAAUACGUAAACGUUUCGUAGACAUUCUUGACACUCCCUUUGAAGCAUCCAUCUCCUUAAUUUUGUUUUUGUUCGUGAGAAUAGUGCAGAUAGUUGAUGUUGACAGAUUGUAUGUCCCCGCUAGAUGAGCCGCGCUCACACUUUGUUCUCGCUUUUUAAUGAUUUUACGUUUCAUUUCAACAGUUAUUUUUUCUCUCUUAUGAUUGUCCUCUUGUGGUUUUGUCUUCGAAGACAUUUUAGCACAGGUUAUUUCACUUUGCACAUAAAAAAUUAUGAAUUCUGUCUGAAUACAAAAUUUGUAAAAACUGGUGAUCACACACGAAAACAAUACGCUAACAGACCGAGUGCUAAACACAGACUAAUGCAUCGGCGCAGAACUUCUGGCUCACAAAUGAAUGUUGGGAACAGGGGACUUCCCCUUUCUGCAUAACUCGUUAUUCGAAAUGUCGCUAGUUAAGUGAGCAACUUCUUCAAAUUUUUUUUUUUGCUCGUUAUGCGCAUUAUUAGUUAUGAAAGGUGCUCGUUAUGAGAGGUUCCACUGUAUAUCUAUUUAAAUUUGUGGAAAUAAUUUCUUUUCAUUAAAAAAAUUGAAAUUAACAUUACUUUUUUUCUUCAAAAACUUCAGUUAAUUUUUUCCGACCAGACCCUAGGAGAUGUAAGUAUCUGUUUUUAACACCAGUUAUUUCAAUUUUAUAAUAAUGUGUCAUGACAGGAAAUAAGGAAAUUAAGAAAUUAAUUUUUAAGUUUUAAUAUAUCUGGAAAUUGUUUUCUUCACUUUGCUUUUUAAAAACAUCCCAGUUGUAACAGAUCCACUUCGAGAUGUUGUCAACUUCAUUUCAUCAUUUGAGUCCAGGUAUGGACAGGUCCACCCGGUUUUCUAUCAGGGAACAUACAGCCAGGUAACCUUGUGCAAUGAAACUUGACCAGUGGUGCAUUUAUUAUGUUAGUUUUCUUUAGCAUUAGUCUCUGUUAUAAUUUUGACCCAGUAGAAUUAACAAUUCAUAUGUUUGAUUUUUUGUUGGUAAGUAGAUCAAAGUACUGAAGUUUGUGGGUCAAAAAAGUUGGGUAAAGCUUUCUUUCAAUCAAAAUACAGAAUGAUGGUUUAUAAAUCAGCACCAGAGAGACUGUCUUAUGACAUUGAAUGUCUGGUUAAACUGUUUUAACAUUAUGUUAAAUUUUUCUUCAUGUAAAAUUUUUAAUGUAAAGCAGAACGUUCAAAUUGUUUAUAUUGUCAUGUCUCCUCUCAAUGUGAUGACAAGACAUUUCCAUUUUGUUUGGAUCACUAAAGGAACAUUUGUCUCUUUUUUUUUAUCUUGAAGAACAUUUUGGCAAAAGUCUUCUUUUUUUUUUUUGUGUUUUUUUGUUUUGUUUGGCAGAAAAAACAGGUGUAAAACUAUUACUAUAUAGUAUUAAAUACAGAUUGUACAAUAGUAAUUAUAGCAAUACAACCAAUACAAAUUUGAUAAAAAAAAAUGUUUAUGGUCCCCAGCAGAAGUUAUGGAAAAAAUAUGAGUGGCAGAAGAGGAAAUAAUAUGUACAAUAUAAAAGAUAACUUUAAAAAAAAAAAUGUCCAUGUCAAUGGGUUUCAUAACUAUGUUAAUGGAAGUUUGUAUAGGAUCUUCAGUGUGGUGUGAGUGCCACAGAUGUUCUAAUGCAUGGAAUCCCUGUAGGCUCUAUGUGAGGAUAAAAUAACACUGAAACUGAAGUGACUCUUCAUCGUAAUGUUUCAGGCUUUGAAUGAUGCCAAGAAAGAGUUACGGUUCCUGCUGGUGUACUUGCACAGUGAAGAUCAUCAGAACACUGAUCAAUUCUGCAGGUAGAUAUCAUCAAGUCACUUCAUCAAAAUAUCAUCAACUCACUUCAUCAAAAUAUCAUCAAGUCACUUCAUCUAAAUAUCAUCAAGUCACUUCAUCACAAUAUUAUCAAUUCACAUCAUCACAAUAUUAUCAAUUCACUUCAUCAACAUAUCAUCAAAACACUUCAGUAUCAUACUUUCAAUAUAUAAUCUGUAUUGUAAUUGCUGGCAGCUGAGUGUUACAUUCUCUUAGAAGCCGCAUGACAGAAACUGUAUAUGUGAAAAGAAAGGUUUAUAUCAUAUCUUUAGUUGAGCCAUGUUUUUAUGUUUCUUAUGCCUGUGUUGUUGGUUUUUUUCUAUCCUUUCUAAAGGGAGGUUCUAUGCAGUGAAAACUUUGUAAAUUUUGUCAAUGUGCACAUGUUGUUUUGGGCUUGCAACACAAGUAGUCCGGAGGGCUACAGAGGUGAGAUAACCCAUAGUUAAGAGGGCUAAAAAAAAGAGGUGAGAGGACCUGUAGUUUAGAGGGCUAAAGAGUUGAGAAGGCUAAAGAGGUUAGAUGACAUGUAGUUUAGAGGGAUAAAGGGAUUAGUUUACCUGUAUCCAAAAAUCAGAUUACAUAUGUCACGAUGUUUACUUAGAAUUGCAACAUUUACUUGUAGACCAGAGGCUCUAGAGGUUACUUAACCAGUACUUUAAGGCCAGAGAGGAUCCAACAUUCAAGCAUAUGAUCUAUGUAAUUGAAUUGUUUAAAUUUGUUGAACAUAAUCAGUGGGGAGAGGAAUAAAGGAUGUGCUCAUUCGAUGGUAUGAUUGGACACUUAAAUGGUGAAACAAUCACAAUGAGACUACUGGUGUCACUUCUUGAUUGUAUAGUUCAUAUACUUGAAUGUUGGGACCUCUCUGGGCAGCACCUAGAUAUUUCAUCUGCUUGUGUUCAUACCAAGAGUAAUUUAAAGACAAGGAAUAGUCUAAGGAGCACCCUUUCUUUUUUCAUGGCAAAGUCAUCUAUUUAAGUAGAAGCAUAAAACAUGAUCAUUUAUUUGCAUGCACACUGUCAAGAGCAUUAUGAAGCAUAUGUGUUAGGACCCAUGAGAUAGAUUUCAAAUUGUAAAACAUGUUUCCUUGUCUCUUCUGCAGUGUCUCAAGCACUAAGGGAACAUGCCUACCCUUUUCUAGCUGUGAUUGUGUUGAGAGACAAUAAAAUGAGUGUAGUAGCCAGGAUAGAAGGCAGUGUAACAGGUCAGUCACUGGGAUUUUAUUAGACAAUGAAAAGAGUAGAGUAGCCAGGCUGGGGGACAGUGUUACAGGUGAGAGCAAUGAGAUGUUACCACUACAGUAGACUAUAAACAGUUAUUUGUAUUGGUGUUGGAAGACAAUGAGAUUAAUAUUGGUGCCCUUGAUUAACUUUUUCUUUACUUCAUUGUCUAUUGAACAAGCAUCUUUGAGAUAACAUUGUUUUGUUAUUUGAAUGUGUUGCAUCAAGACACGCAGUGUGAUCUUUCUCUACUCUGUCCAGGUUCUGUGGAAUUAGUGGAGAGGCUUGAGCAGGUGAUGGCAGAGAAUGAAACUUCGUUAACAACUGCAAGGGCAGAGAGGUACUCCAGGGCGAUUAUAAUGUAUUUCUCUUUUGAAAACCCAACAAACAUUUUUAUGUGUUUGAUGUGUAACAAAUAAUCGUAUGACUUGUGUCGUAGCAUUUAAUAAUUGUGAUAAUUUUUUUUUAAUGUGUGCUCAAACUCUUGCAUUCCAACUUGUCAGGGCUGGCAAAAUUCCCAAAAGCUCUUUUUAUUCACUUGAUGCCAGAAGAUAAGAAUUUUAAGAACGAUGAAAAAAAAAAAAAAAAGCAAUAUAUUUAGCACUGGUCCCUAUCAUGAUUUGGUCCUACUCACUGACAUGUUUGAGAUGAAUACUCUAAAAUAACAAAAUGUGGUUUUUAAAAGUAAUAUUGUACAGAUCUUUUACCCUAUUACUUAUAAGUAUGUUGUGCCAUCUUGGAUAUUCAGGUCCUUUUGUAUUAUGAGCUUUGUUGUGUUUGUGCAGGGCGGAGCGCAGCUUCAACCAGUCUCUGAGGCAACAGCAGGACGAGGCAUACCUUGAGUCACUGCGUGCAGACCAGGAGAAGGUAAGAAAAUGAAAUAGCCGACAGGGUUAACAACUAGUGCUUGGCCCUCUUUGAAUAACACAGCCUGGUACAUGUUGAGGGUUUAUAGAUUUAUUCAGAUGGAGUGGAAUUUUUUAAUUUUUACUGACAUCUGUUCAUCAAGUUUCUUCAAAUAAAAAAAAUAAAAAAUAGCAACAGUAAGGCUUGGGAGCCCAGGUUAUUUUAUUAUUUUUAUUUUUUUUGUUAUCAGAUCUGUUUUAAAUGGUAAGAAAAAAGCCUUAAAUAUUAAUUUGAAUUUAUUGUGUUAAGAGUAAUGAACUUUUUAAAAUGAUUAUUCACGUGUAAGAAAUGGGAGCAACAGGAAGGUAUAUGUGAAAUCCUGUGAAUGGCAUAGAAAAUUCAUGUCCAUUGUGUGUCUUAAAUUUAAUGCAAACAACCACUUACCGAUACCUGUAUUUUUAUUUCAUUUCUUGGUUGGUCUUAAAUUAGUCCCAGCAUGAUUUUUAAUCACUUCUUAUUGAGUUUAUAAAUACAGAUAUACCUCAGAGAGAACUUGGUUUCUCAACCAAUGUUAGAUGUUCUAGUAUUCAAGCCAUAACACAUGGUUUAUAGUGAUUGCUAUUAUUUCAUAUUCCAAAAAAAUAUAGUUUUUUUUUCAAAAAAGACAACAAAAAAAAACAUUGCUGUCUUGAUAUUGAUUUGACUUAUCCCUGCAUGUUUUAACUAACACAAUUCACAUUAACUUUUGUCAUCAUCAUAGCUGUUGAAUUUAACUUAUCAUUAGAAGAAGAAUUGUUUUAUGUACAAUUUUUGGCUUUUUUUAAAUAUCCAUUUUCAGGAAAAGAAGAAAAGAGAGGAGAGAGAAAAACAGGAGGAGGAGGAAAGGCAAAAACGUUUAGCAGAGGAAGUAAAAGAGCAGCAGUUCUUGGUAAGAUUGUGUUUGUAGUUGUUGGCUCUUCUCUAUGCACUCAACGGGUUUGUCUUGAGUCACUCUUCUCUCUGCACUCAACAGCUGUGUCUUGAGUAACUCUUCUCUCUGCACUCAACAGCUGUGUCUUGAGUCACUCUUCUCUCUGCACUCAACAGCUGUGUCUUGAGUAACUCUUCUCUCUGCACUCAACAGCUGUGUCUUGAGUCACUCUUCUCUCUGCACUCAACAGCUGUGUCUCUGGCCACAGCAUCAAACUGACAUUGUACAUAUUGUCCCACUUUCCUACAACUGUUGCCAUUAUUCCCUUCUGCUUCUACUGUGCCUCACUGUGAUCAAUCACCCUUAGUUGAAAAAAACUUUUUCUUCUGCUCAUACUGUGCCUCACUGUGAUCAAUCACCCUUAGUUGAAAAAACUUUCUCUUCUGCUCCUGUUGUGCCUUACUGCGACCAACUACCACACUGCCCACAUUGACAAACAAUGAUCAGCCGUAAAGUUAACCAAUGCAAACUGCACUGAAUAUUUGUUGACGUUAAUUGAACCUUGAAGUGCACUGUAUUUAACUAGUAAAACUUAAGAAAUAUUGUUUCUAGAAAAUAUUUCUAAUCAACUUGUAUUAACUCUUUCUCUCCGCCAUUAUUUUCCGCGUUCUGACGGAAUUAUCUAUUUUUCAUUUUUGCAACGCACUACUAUGUUGUCUCUAAACGUUCAUAACUUUUUGUUUUUCAUCAGAAAGUGCUAAUUUUGGUAUGGAAUUAAAGGAGAAUGUAUGCCCUUUACAAGCAAACCAGACUUGGGUUCACAUUUUAAUAUAUAAAUGUGAUUAUCAUUUCAGAAAAAUUAAAAUAAAAAACUUACCAACUGUUCACAAAACGCUCAUUCCAAGUCACACGAGGAGAAAUAUAUAAUCCAAAGUGUAACAAAAGUGAUUUUUUUCUGAACUAUAUCUAUGUGUGCAUCACAAAUAAUAAAGAUCAACUUAAAAAACGAAAAAAAAUUAAACCUCAGAGCACAUUAUCCAUUGUCAACGUCACACACAAAAUUUGUGAAGAAAAUUUAACUAUUUCCACUGGAAACAAUUGUUGCUAUUAUAAAAUAUUUGCACUGUACUCUUGUAUGUACUAACAUUUAUAAUGGUAAAUGGAACAUUUACCAUACAUUUGUCAUAUCUUUUCAUCUGUAUUUAGCCAUGGUAAGCCUAAAAACAAUCCAUAUGGAUGUGCACUUUGGCUGGGGGAGGGGGCUGGUUGUUCAUCAGCUGAUGAAUUACCAAUGUCAUUAUUUCGUCACUAGUACUACAAAUACUAGUACUAAGAUUAUAAUCAUGCUAUUCAAAGGAAUCAGCUUCUGCAUUUGAAAUCAUAAUAUCACUGUUUGAAUCAUCAUCAGAGUAAUAUUUUCAACCUUUUUAAGAUCGAUCACCAGAUGGGUCAGGUCAAGAUUUCAUGUUUGUAAACAAAAAUGAAAUGGACAAUCAAAACAACCGCUUCAAACACUUCGUUCUCUGCAAAACCUCUUUCAAACACCGAAAAACCGGAUGUUUAUACAAAGGGAAAUCAUUCUUGAAUUGAUUUAAAAUAACUAAAAACCAAUAGCUAAGAAAAGAGCCGAAAUAAACGGGUUUUUAUGCAUCGACAAUGCCAUCGUCGAUACACCAAAAUAUUCAUUUCAAAUCGACGAUGGGAGCAUUGUUCCGGAGAGAAAGAGUUAAUAGUUUUCUGAUAAGUCACCAUUUUGACUCUAUAAUUCAAAUUCUACUUUUAAACUUAUUUAAAUAAGAUGAGGUUGGUUGACAAAAAAAACUUUUCUGUGGUCCUUGUAGGAAAGAGAACAGAAGAAGAGUGAGUUAGAGAGAGUGCUUCCCCUUGAACCAGAGGCCAGUGAUCCAGAUGCCAUCAGAAUCAUGUUGAAAAUCCCCAACGGUAACAGGAUAGAGAGACGCUUCCAUAGAUCCCAGUCUCUCAAGGUAACUAGUUACAGUGUUAAUCAGGUCUCUUGUUGCAACAUUCCCUGGUGGUUACCCAAAGAAAAAUUAAUGCUAUAUCAUGUGACCUAAUUAACUUAAGUGAAGUCUUAUUUCAUAUCACCAAAAGAGAUCAGUUCAUUUUUUUUUCUGAAAAUAUAUUUUAAAAUGUUUGUUUUAUCAAGUCCUAACCUUGAUUCCACUUGGUAACAAAGUAAUAUUGUUAAAAUAAUCAGAUAGGUUUAGACAGCUGCUUAAAGUUGUAUGUUCUUUUUUAAUUAACAUUUUAUUUUUAUCAUUGCAUAUCAAAAUUAUUAAUUUUUUUUAAACAAAAUUAAUUUCCACAGUGGCUGUACUACUACGUAUUUUGCCACAAGGACUGUCCUGAUGACUUCCAGAUAGUGACCAACUACCCACGGAGGACACUUCCGUGUGAACCCAAUGACCCAAACAAAGACCCACCGUCAUUCGCAGAUGUAGGUCUAGGAAAAUCUGAACUUUUGUUUGUGUUUGAUAAUGAGGCAUGAUUGAAGCAUUCCUGGGUGGGUGUGAAGGUGUGUAUGUUGAAUGGGGGGGUUCCUUUGAUGUGCCACCGAGUUAUGUUCAUAGUUGGUAGGGGUUUAAAUGGUGGAUUUCAUCCUGUGAGAUCUAAGGGUCUGCUUUAAGCCUGUACCUUUUUUAUUAAUUAUGGCAUACUGGCAAUAGAUAAUUUGUACAAUUAUUUCAUUGAGGAGUUAGGAUAUCGGCUUGCAAGUGUUAUUCCUCUCAAAAUGAGUUCAGAUUUUGUUCAUUUUGUGAUUUAUAUUCUAGAUAAAUAAAUGAUUCCAUGAAUGCUCAUAGUACUGCCAUACAUUGCUAUAAGUCUUUUGUUAAGUUUAUGAUCCUAGCAGUGUUUCUGUAAUGUGACAUGAUCACAUUUAUUUUAAUAUAAAAAUAAAUGUUUAUUUUUUUUUUUUUUAAUUAUAAUAAUAAGGUGGUAUUUCAGUGAAUAACUGAGACAAUGACUAUAAAAUUAUGCAGAAAUUUAUUUUGGUGUGUGUUUAAUAUAUGGAUUGUAACACCCUGUCAGGUGUGGCAUUAGCUUGCAAUCACCUGUGUCAGUGUUCAUGUGCCAUGUAUGGAUGCUUUUAAGAGGUGAUUGAUUUUAAUGGCUAGUGAAAAUAUGGAUACAUACGGUGUACAAAUGGAAUAUUUUGAAUCCGCACUCCAUUCUUGAGUUAGUUGAGGCUCUAUAAUUACUUUCUCUUGAUAUUUUAUAGGAAUACUACUCUGUGUGGCCAUGAUGCAUCUAUAAAACUUUGUUUUAAAAUGUCAACAUCCUAAUUUAUUGCUUUUCAAAUAGUUUUUAAAUUGAAAGGCAUCGUGCAUCUAAUGUGAAAACACGUUUUUUUUGACUGACUGAAGUUACCAUUUUAAAAAAAAUUCACUAGAUUACUCUUUAGUGUUGCUAUAAUUAUGUUAAGACUCUAGUCUGGGUACAUAUGCGUAAGCUGUGUGUCAAUGGUAACUCUUAAGUACAAGUGUUUUCUGGCCAUGAGGUUCUUACCAUGUAUAUACAACAAAAGAAUGAAUAUGUUUACAAAAAAUCCAGGGGAGUUAAACUUGGUGAACCUGACAAGGGGAGACAACUGAAGGUAUAUCUUUGACAACAAAUACCGAUUUUGUUGUUUAAUUUUAAAAUAAUUUUUUUUAAAAAUUAAAACCAUUUUUUGUCAUUGUUUAUACAUUGUUCAAUAUUAAACCUAUGACUGAUGUAAUUCAGCUGCCAAAUUUCCCAUAUAAAUUCAAGAACAGAUACUACUAGCAGUUUUUUCCUCACACUCAUUGAAUGAUGUGGAAUAAAAAGAUUAAAAUCAGUUUUUUUACCUGAAAUUUUUAUAAGCCAAGAAGUUGUUAAUCAAUGAAUGACAUGUAUCUGAUGCUGGCUGCAAGCGGUGGUCCGCUCUAACUCGAUCCCUACUUUUAGGGAUACAAUGUCAAAGAACACCCACAACGCACAUCCGAAUCUCUCAACAAUCAAAACAGGGAAAGCUAUACUCAUAUUAUUUAUUGUCUUGGCUGACUCAGUGUCUUAAACAAAAUGAACCCAUCAAGAGAGUUGAAUAUGUAAGAAAUAUUUAUUAUUUUUCUUUAUAAAUGAGUCAUAUGUAUCCAUCUCGGUAAAAUAUAUGCAUAAUGUCAUAAUAAAAUUGUAGUUUGUGAAUGUUAGGCCUUAAGGAGGACAAAAAAAGGGGAGUGUGGGAAUAGUUCUUUUGGGCGAGUUUGGCAGCUCUUUAUUUUUUUGUCAUAGACCUUUUGUAUUUAUUUGAUGUGGGUUGUUUUAGGACCUGCACUAAUGUCAACAUCAUUGUCUUGUGUACAUGAGAGCUGAUCUUUUUUUGAUGGUCUUGGCACAGUCCAGGAUUUGUGGAUUUGUUGAUAGACUAGGCACGGUCUAUCAGAGUUGGUUUGCUGAUAGACUGGGGCACAGUUAAGGAGAAUUUAUUUGUUAGUAGAUAAGGCAGUCUAUUAAGAGUGGAUUUGUUGACAGAAUAUGCGCAGUCUAUCACAUUUGAUGUGGCGAUAGUCAAGGCAUAGUCUAUCAGAUUUGAUUUGGUGAUAGUUUAGCACGGUCCAGAUGAGUUUAUUUGAAGUUGAAGUCCCUGUCAUCUGUUAUCAUCUGAAAAAAAAAACAUCCACAAAAUGCAUGUCUUGUAAAUAAAGCUACUCAAAUUAAACAAAAGUGUGUUUUAAUUAUUGAGUAUUAAUGGC